GCCUGCGACCGAGACCAGCAGUGCGGGGCCGGGAUGUGCUGCGCCGUCAGCCUCUGGAUCCGCAGCCUCAGGAUGUGCACCCCCAUGGGCAACCUGGGAGACGACUGCCACCCCCUGAGCCACAGAGUGCCCUUCUCGGGGCGGAGGAUGCACCACACGUGCCCCUGCCUGCCCGGCCUGGCCUGCCUCAGGACUGCUCCCAGCAGGUUCAGGUGUCUGCCAGACUUCAGGAAAGAAGAUGUCUUCUUUUAGCAGGAACUGUUCUGCACUCCAAAGAGCCGCUCAGUAUUUUUGUUCUCUCGUUGUCGCAACCAAAAAAAGGGGUAUUUGCCAGGGGAAACCCUGCACCCCUUCCCUGCCUCACCAACAUCAGCUGGAGAUGAGACACUGCUGCUGUGGCCAAGGUUUUCAGGAGGGACUUGCAGUGGAGGAUGAUUUCAUUUUGGGGUACCCAAACAACAUCUACUAGAGCAAAGCUCUUUCUGAGGGCAGGGGCUUGACCAUUCCUGAAUCAUGGUUCUAGUUUAACCCCAGAAUGAAAAAAUCCAAGUUUAUUGCCAGUUUUGGAGAAAUUUGGCCACAUCUUUACACUUUGGAAGACCCGAAGUGAACUGAGAGUUGGACAACAGCAGAGUGUGAAGCAUAUGACAAUUGCCAAAAGAACUGUAUUUACAUUGCAUUUCAUAUCUUUAUUAAUAUAAUUUUAUUUGUAAGUUAGGCGCACCUCUAGGGUAAAGGUUUAAAUAGUAGAUGUAGUUUUUACACUUUUAAAAAGUGGCACGUGGAAACAAAACAUUUCAGUAUUCAGAGCAUUAAAAGAUUUACUUAUUUUAGUGUUCUAAGAUGAGAAGCUGUUGUUACUUGAAUUGGUGUAAAACUACCUGAUCAUCUCAAACUAUGUAUUAAGAUGUAGUUUAUAUUAAAGAAAAAAGGAACCCUGAAGUUUAUUUUAAUAGGCUGCCUGACUUCUUGUACAUGUAUCAAAUUUGCUGUGCAAAAAUUCUGUAUCAGAAUAAUGGCAGUGUAUGAUUUGAUUUAUUUUAAUAUUAUAACAUUAUUUUGUCA